AUCAUCACGCUCACUCACCAACCACUCCUUCAUCUCUUACAACUUGGGUGAGAAAAGAAAGGAGAGAAUAUCCGUAGAUAUGGUUGGUGGUGUAGCCAGGUGGAGGCUAGUGCUGGUGCUGCUCCUGCUGACGCCCAUUGCUGCACCGAACAAAACCUUAUCCAAGAUCAGUGAUGGCUUUGGGGACUACUACAUGAUCGCAGGCUACGCCAUGGAUGAUGCAACAGAUUACCAAACACUUAAUAUUACAAAACUUUGUAUGUGUCGCCGGGCGUGCCAAGCGAAGACCGAUUGUCACUCAGUGUCGAUGGUGCCAACAACAGGGACUGAGAACGAGUGUCGGAUCUCAACCAAACCGGCAAACAUCGGGGACAGAUCACAACGUCCCAGACUCAAGAGGACACCCGGAGCCUUCCACUUUCUCGCUGCAGUCUCAGGAACCAAUGAAUGGAAUACUCUUUUGGAUGAUGGCUUCUCGUGGCGUACGGAGAGCAACACUUAUAUUUGGAGUUUCCGACUAAAUGGCGCGAGACUUGCCAUCCUCCCAUCAUUACAUCAGGUGAAGCUCGCUAUGAGAGACAUGACAGUAAACAGGCAGUACUACGUGGAUCUGUCUCGCACUGGCACUGACCAACCCGUCUGGAACGCUGGUGGCGGGAAUGUUAAGUACAACGAUACAGACCUUGACCCAACACGUAUCCAGGACGACCCAAACCUCUCCAACUCCAAGUUCUAUUUCAUUCAUGAUGGUUCCCAGUACACAUUUGUUGGGACUUCUGGCUCAACGAAAAGAGUUCACCUUCAGCAGUAUAACUACCUCAACCUCUGGGAGUGACGUGGCCAGCUGCGGCAGCUGUGGGGGGACUUAACAGUGGGACCUUCACUUACAGUAAUGUUGAUGUUCACUGCUUGACUACGACGUGACUUGUCUCAGAGCUCCCUAAGACCACGCCGGAGUAGACGUUGUUGACCUGGCCCUCACCUCCCUGGCAGACAUUACUGACCUGACCCUCACCUCCCUGGCAGACAUUACUGACCUGGCCCUCACCUCCCUGGCAGACAUUACUGACCUGACCCUCACCUCCCUGGCAGACAUUACUGACCUGACCCUCACCUCCCUGGCAGACAUUACUGACCUGGCCCUCACCUCCCUGGCAGACAUUACUGACCUGGCCCUCACCUCCCUGUCAGACAUUACUGACCUGACCCUCACCUCCCUGGCAGACAUUACUGACCUGGCCAUAAUCACCAGGGUUGUAACUAAUAUAUACACUAUAUCUGAGGCCACCUAAGGGCCUGUUCUCCUACACACGGACAUUAGGCAGUAUUAACGUGACACAAGAUCAUUAACAUUAAAACUUCUUCAACACAACGUCCUUCCUCCUCAGCUUGUGACUCUCUCUCUCUUACCGGGUACAAACUUUACCGUGAGUCAUCGGUGAACUGAGUCCUUCCCAACAUUACACACAAACACACGUCGGUGCUGAUACAACACAACCUCACACUAUUGUAUGUGUCUCUGUUAUCUGACACCAAACUAAGAUGAGGCAGAAACAAUUUUUAGACGAACGAACACAAGUAUGUAUUAGAUAUUCAAUCACCAACCAGUUAAACUAAACAACAAACAUAUUAACCAAUGACAAGUGGAACUACGCAUUUAAUUGAAGUUUAUAAUAACGAAAUAUUUCAAUCUAUUAUAAGGACACAUAGUUUACAUAACUCCACACACACACACACACACAACACACACACGGAUGUUAAACUCAGUCAUCAUAGCUAGAGAUCGCUAUUGUAUUCUGUUUGAUGAGUGUGUCAACUAGUGCAGAUAGUAAGUCAAUGUGGAGUAUAUAAGAUAAGGAAUGUUUAUGGUCGUGGCUGUGGGUGUUGGACGACCUCUACAGUUUUAAAAUAACAACAUUAUGAUUAACCCCAGACUGUGUAUUGUAUGGCAUGUCAUUGCUAACUAGUGACAUUAGAUUAGAUUGCAAUUUAAAAUGUAUAUUAUUACUAUGCACUGAAUAUAUGUGUGUUAAUUGGUUGUUUUAAUUAUAUGUCAGGCAUCUUCUCGUCUCGUGGUGAGAAGAACCGAUAAUGAUGAUGAAGGAUGAACCAAAACAUUAUAGUAAUUAUUGUUUAUUUGCCAAGUGAGAGUUUCAUUCAUUAUAAAUAUAAUGUCUUUGAGGAGAUAUAAAUAAGGAAUAUACUAUACAAGUCUCUCUCAUUUAAAUACAUGCGAGAAACAAGUAACCAUUAUAUUAGUCUACCCUGAACAAUAUGUCUAUAAGAAAAUGGAUAAAGAAAACUAGUACCAAUCAUCAAGUACCUGACUCAGCCUCUAUUACCACGAGCAAUGGAGCUCAAGAAAAUGUACAUACAAUUACCUUAUAAUAGUUAAUAACCCAAAUAAACGACUAUAUGGUAUUGCUGUUCCUAAUAUCUUCAAUAAUCACAAAUAAAAAUAAAUGAAUACAGUGUUAAGACGAUGAUGAAAUACAAUGACUCAAAGCAGGACUUACACCACACGUGAAGCACAUCAACACGGUGUACUGGUGGUAGUUAGUGGCAGUUAAAGGAAGUGACGUAGUUGAAUAACAUAUCUUCACAUCUAUUCCUAGUAAAAAAGAAUGAAAAUACUUGGCUAGUAUAUGAAAGUACCUGGUUAGUGUAUGCCAGUACCUGGUUAGUGUAUGGAAGCGUCUGGGUAGGUGUAAAAGUGUCAGAACUUUAGGGAGAAACUC